AUGCCAUGUGUGCUGUCGACACUAUUCCUUCAUGCCAUGUGUGCUGUCGACACUAUUCCUUCAUGCCAUGUGUGCUGUCGACACUAUUCCUUCAUGCCAUGUGUGCUGUCGACACUAUUCCUUCAUGCCAUGUGUGCUGUCGACACUAUUCCUUCAUGCCAUGUGUGCUGUCGACACUAUUCCUUCAUGCCAUGUGUGCUGUCGACACUAUUCCUUCAUGCCAUGUGUGCUGUCGACACUAUUCCUUCAUGCCAUGUGUGCUGUCGACACUAUUCCUUCAUGCCAUGUGUGCUGUCGACACUAUUCCUUCAUGCCAUGUGUGCUGUCGACACUAUUCCUUCAUGCCAUGUGUGCUGUCGACACUAUUCCUUCAUGCCAUGUGUGCUGUCGACACUAUUCCUUCAUGCCAUGUGUGCUGUCGACACUAUUCCUUCAUGCCAUGUGUGCUGUCGACACUAUUCCUUCAUGCCAUGUGUGCUGUCGACACUAUUCCUUCAUGCCAUGUGUGCUGUCGACACUAUUCCUUCAUGCCAUGUGUGCUGUCGACACUAUUCCUUCAUGCCAUGUGUGCUGUCGACACUAUUCCUUCAUGCCAUGUGUGCUGUCGACACUAUUCCUUCAUGCCAUGUGUGCUGUCGACACUAUUCCUUCAUGCCAUGUGUGCUGUCGACACUAUUCCUUCAUGCCAUGUGUGCUGUCGACACUAUUCCUUCAUGCCAUGUGUGCUGUCGACACUAUUCCUUCAUGCCAUGUGUGCUGUCGACACUAUUCCUUCAUGCCAUGUGUGCUGUCGACACUAUUCCUUCAUGCCAUGUGUGCUGUCGACACUAUUCCUUCAUGCCAUGUGUGCUGUCGACACUAUUCCUUCAUGCCAUGUGUGCUGUCGACACUAUUCCUUCAUGCCAUGUGUGCUGUCGACACUAUUCCUUCAUGCCAUGUGUGCUGUCGACACUAUUCCUUCAUGCCAUGUGUGCUGUCGACACUAUUCCUUCAUGCCAUGUGUGCUGUCGACACUAUUCCUUUAUGCCAUGUGUGCUGUCGACACUAUUCCUUCAUGCCAUGUGUGCUGUCGACACUAUUCCUUCAUGCCAUGUGUGCUGUCGACACUAUUCCUUCAUGCCAUGUGUGUUGUCGACACUAUUCCUUCAUGCCAUGUGUGCUGUCGACACUAUUCCUUCAUGCCAUGUGUGCUGUCGACACUAUUCCUUCAUGCCAUGUGUGCUGUCGACACUAUUCCUUCAUGCCAUGUGUGCUGUCGACACUAUUCCUUCAUGCCAUGUGUGCUGUCGACACUAUUCCUUCAUGCCAUGUGUGCUGUCGACACUAUUCCUUCAUGCCAUGUGUGCUGUCGACACUAUUCCUUCAUGCCAUGUGUGCUGUCGACACUAUUCCUUCAUGCCAUGUGUGCUGUCGACACUAUUCCUUCAUGCCAUGUGUGCUGUCGACACUAUUCCUUCAUGCCAUGUGUGCUGUCGACACUAUUCCUUCAUGCCAUGUGUGCUGUCGACACUAUUCCUUCAUGCCAUGUGUGCUGUCGACACUAUUCCUUCAUGCCAUGUGUGCUGUCGACACUAUUCCUUCAUGCCAUGUGUGCUGUCGACACUAUUCCUUCAUGCCAUGUGUGCUGUCGACACUAUUCCUUCAUGCCAUGUGUGCUGUCGACACUAUUCCUUCAUGCCAUGUGUGCUGUCGACACUAUUCCUUCAUGCCAUGUGUGCUGUCGACACUAUUCCUUCAUGCCAUGUGUGCUGUCGACACUAUUCCUUCAUGCCAUGUGUGCUGUCGACACUAUUCCUUCAUGCCAUGUGUGCUGUCGACACUAUUCCUUCAUGCCAUGUGUGCUUGUCGACACUAUUCCUUCAUGCCAUGUGUGCUGUCGACACUAUUCCUUCAUGCCAUGUGUGCUGUCGACACUAUUCCUUCAUGCCAUGUGUGCUGUCGACACUAUUCCUUCAUGCCAUGUGUGCUGUCGACACUAUUCCUUCAUGCCAUGUGUGCUGUCGACACUAUUCCUUCAUGCCAUGUGUGCUGUCGACACUAUUCCUUCAUGCCAUGUGUGCUGUCGACACUAUUCCUUCAUGCCAUGUGUGCUGUCGACACUAUUCCUUCAUGCCAUGUGUGCUGUCGACACUAUUCCUUCAUGCCAUGUGUGCUGUCGACACUAUUCCUUCAUGCCAUGUGUGCUGUCGACACUAUUCCUUCAUGCCAUGUGUGCUGUCGACACUAUUCCUUCAUGCCAUGUGUGCUGUCGACACUAUUCCUUCAUGCCAUGUGUGCUGUCGACACUAUUCCUUCAUGCCAUGUGUGCUGUCGACACUAUUCCUUCAUGCCAUGUGUGCUGUCGACACUAUUCCUUCAUGCCAUGUGUGCUGUCGACACUAUUCCUUCAUGCCAUGUGUGCUGUCGACACUAUUCCUUCAUGCCAUGUGUGCUGUCGACACUAUUCCUUCAUGCCAUGUGUGCUGUCGACACUAUUCCUUCAUGCCAUGUGUGCUGUCGACACUAUUCCUUCAUGCCAUGUGUGCUGUCGACACUAUUCCUUCAUGCCAUGUGUGCUGUCGACACUAUUCCUUCAUGCCAUGUGUGCUGUCGACACUAUUCCUUCAUGCCAUGUGUGCUGUCGACACUAUUCCUUCAUGCCAUGUGUGCUGUCGACACUAUUCCUUCAUGCCAUGUGUGCUGUCGACACUAUUCCUUCAUGCCAUGUGUGCUGUCGACACUAUUCCUUCAUGCCAUGUGUGCUGUCGACACUAUUCCUUCAUGCCAUGUGUGCUGUCGACACUAUUCCUUCAUGCCAUGUGUGCUGUCGACACUAUUCCUUCAUGCCAUGUGUGCUGUCGACACUAUUCCUUCAUGCCAUGUGUGCUGUCGACACUAUUCCUUCAUGCCAUGUGUGCUGUCGACACUAUUCCUUCAUGCCAUGUGUGCUGUCGACACUAUUCCUUCAUGCCAUGUGUGCUGUCGACACUAUUCCUUCAUGCCAUGUGUGCUGUCGACACUAUUCCUUCAUGCCAUGUGUGCUGUCGACACUAUUCCUUCAUGCCAUGUGUGCUGUCGACACUAUUCCUUCAUGCCAUGUGUGCUGUCGACACUAUUCCUUCAUGCCAUGUGUGCUGUCGACACUAUUCCUUCAUGCCAUGUGUGCUGUCGACACUAUUCCUUCAUGCCAUGUGUGCUGUCGACACUAUUCCUUCAUGCCAUGUGUGCUGUCGACACUAUUCCUUCAUGCCAUGUGUGCUGUCGACACUAUUCCUUCAUGCCAUGUGUGCUGUCGACACUAUUCCUUCAUGCCAUGUGUGCUGUCGACACUAUUCCUUCAUGCCAUGUGUGCUGUCGACACUAUUCCUUCAUGCCAUGUGUGCUGUCGACACUAUUCCUUCAUGCCAUGUGUGCUGUCGACACUAUUCCUUCAUGCCAUGUGUGCUGUCGACACUAUUCCUUCAUGCCAUGUGUGCUGUCGACACUAUUCCUUCAUGCCAUGUGUGCUGUCGACACUAUUCCUUCAUGCCAUGUGUGCUGUCGACACUAUUCCUUCAUGCCAUGUGUGCUGUCGACACUAUUCCUUCAUGCCAUGUGUGCUGUCGACACUAUUCCUUCAUGCCAUGUGUGCUGUCGACACUAUUCCUUCAUGCCAUGUGUGCUGUCGACACUAUUCCUUCAUGCCAUGUGUGCUGUCGACACUAUUCCUUCAUGCCAUGUGUGCUGUCGACACUAUUCCUUCAUGCCAUGUGUGCUGUCGACACUAUUCCUUCAUGCCAUGUGUGCUGUCGACACUAUUCCUUCAUGCCAUGUGUGCUGUCGACACUAUUCCUUCAUGCCAUGUGUGCUGUCGACACUAUUCCUUCAUGCCAUGUGUGCUGUCGACACUAUUCCUUCAUGCCAUGUGUGCUGUCGACACUAUUCCUUCAUGCCAUGUGUGCUGUCGACACUAUUCCUUCAUGCCAUGUGUGCUGUCGACACUAUUCCUUCAUGCCAUGUGUGCUGUCGACACUAUUCCUUCAUGCCAUGUGUGCUGUCGACACUAUUCCUUCAUGCCAUGUGUGCUGUCGACACUAUUCCUUCAUGCCAUGUGUGCUGUCGACACUAUUCCUUCAUGCCAUGUGUGCUGUCGACACUAUUCCUUCAUGCCAUGUGUGCUGUCGACACUAUUCCUUCAUGCCAUGUGUGCUGUCGACACUAUUCCUUCAUGCCAUGUGUGCUGUCGACACUAUUCCUUCAUGCCAUGUGUGCUGUCGACACUAUUCCUUCAUGCCAUGUGUGCUGUCGACACUAUUCCUUCAUGCCAUGUGUGCUGUCGACACUAUUCCUUCAUGCCAUGUGUGCUGUCGACACUAUUCCUUCAUGCCAUGUGUGCUGUCGACACUAUUCCUUCAUGCCAUGUGUGCUGUCGACACUAUUCCUUCAUGCCAUGUGUGCUGUCGACACUAUUCCUUCAUGCCAUGUGUGCUGUCGACACUAUUCCUUCAUGCCAUGUGUGCUGUCGACACUAUUCCUUCAUGCCAUGUGUGCUGUCGACACUAUUCCUUCAUGCCAUGUGUGCUGUCGACACUAUUCCUUCAUGCCAUGUGUGCUGUCGACACUAUUCCUUCAUGCCAUGUGUGCUGUCGACACUAUUCCUUCAUGCCAUGUGUGCUGUCGACACUAUUCCUUCAUGCCAUGUGUGCUGUCGACACUAUUCCUUCAUGCCAUGUGUGCUGUCGACACUAUUCCUUCAUGCCAUGUGUGCUGUCGACACUAUUCCUUCAUGCCAUGUGUGCUGUCGACACUAUUCCUUCAUGCCAUGUGUGCUGUCGACACUAUUCCUUCAUGCCAUGUGUGCUGUCGACACUAUUCCUUCAUGCCAUGUGUGCUGUCGACACUAUUCCUUCAUGCCAUGUGUGCUGUCGACACUAUUCCUUCAUGCCAUGUGUGCUGUCGACACUAUUCCUUCAUGCCAUGUGUGCUGUCGACACUAUUCCUUCAUGCCAUGUGUGCUGUCGACACUAUUCCUUCAUGCCAUGUGUGCUGUCGACACUAUUCCUUCAUGCCAUGUGUGCUGUCGACACUAUUCCUUCAUGCCAUGUGUGCUGUCGACACUAUUCCUUCAUGCCAUGUGUGCUGUCGACACUAUUCCUUCAUGCCAUGUGUGCUGUCGACACUAUUCCUUCAUGCCAUGUGUGCUGUCGACACUAUUCCUUCAUGCCAUGUGUGCUGUCGACACUAUUCCUUCAUGCCAUGUGUGCUGUCGACACUAUUCCUUCAUGCCAUGUGUGCUGUCGACACUAUUCCUUCAUGCCAUGUGUGCUGUCGACACUAUUCCUUCAUGCCAUGUGUGCUGUCGACACUAUUCCUUCAUGCCAUGUGUGCUGUCGACACUAUUCCUUCAUGCCAUGUGUGCUGUCGACACUAUUCCUUCAUGCCAUGUGUGCUGUCGACACUAUUCCUUCAUGCCAUGUGUGCUGUCGACACUAUUCCUUCAUGCCAUGUGUGCUGUCGACACUAUUCCUUCAUGCCAUGUGUGCUGUCGACACUAUUCCUUCAUGCCAUGUGUGCUGUCGACACUAUUCCUUCAUGCCAUGUGUGCUGUCGACACUAUUCCUUCAUGCCAUGUGUGCUGUCGACACUAUUCCUUCAUGCCAUGUGUGCUGUCGACACUAUUCCUUCAUGCCAUGUGUGCUGUCGACACUAUUCCUUCAUGCCAUGUGUGCUGUCGACACUAUUCCUUCAUGCCAUGUGUGCUGUCGACACUAUUCCUUCAUGCCAUGUGUGCUGUCGACACUAUUCCUUCAUGCCAUGUGUGCUGUCGACACUAUUCCUUCAUGCCAUGUGUGCUGUCGACACUAUUCCUUCAUGCCAUGUGUGCUGUCGACACUAUUCCUUCAUGCCAUGUGUGCUGUCGACACUAUUCCUUCAUGCCAUGUGUGCUGUCGACACUAUUCCUUCAUGCCAUGUGUGCUGUCGACACUAUUCCUUCAUGCCAUGUGUGCUGUCGACACUAUUCCUUCAUGCCAUGUGUGCUGUCGACACUAUUCCUUCAUGCCAUGUGUGCUGUCGACACUAUUCCUUCAUGCCAUGUGUGCUGUCGACACUAUUCCUUCAUGCCAUGUGUGCUGUCGACACUAUUCCUUCAUGCCAUGUGUGCUGUCGACACUAUUCCUUCAUGCCAUGUGUGCUGUCGACACUAUUCCUUCAUGCCAUGUGUGCUGUCGACACUAUUCCUUCAUGCCAUGUGUGCUGUCGACACUAUUCCUUCAUGCCAUGUGUGCUGUCGACACUAUUCCUUCAUGCCAUGUGUGCUGUCGACACUAUUCCUUCAUGCCAUGUGUGCUGUCGACACUAUUCCUUCAUGCCAUGUGUGCUGUCGACACUAUUCCUUCAUGCCAUGUGUGCUGUCGACACUAUUCCUUCAUGCCAUGUGUGCUGUCGACACUAUUCCUUCAUGCCAUGUGUGCUGUCGACACUAUUCCUUCAUGCCAUGUGUGCUGUCGACACUAUUCCUUCAUGCCAUGUGUGCUGUCGACACUAUUCCUUCAUGCCAUGUGUGCUGUCGACACUAUUCCUUCAUGCCAUGUGUGCUGUCGACACUAUUCCUUCAUGCCAUGUGUGCUGUCGACACUAUUCCUUCAUGCCAUGUGUGCUGUCGACACUAUUCCUUCAUGCCAUGUGUGCUGUCGACACUAUUCCUUCAUGCCAUGUGUGCUGUCGACACUAUUCCUUCAUGCCAUGUGUGCUGUCGACACUAUUCCUUCAUGCCAUGUGUGCUGUCGACACUAUUCCUUCAUGCCAUGUGUGCUGUCGACACUAUUCCUUCAUGCCAUGUGUGCUGUCGACACUAUUCCUUCAUGCCAUGUGUGCUGUCGACACUAUUCCUUCAUGCCAUGUGUGCUGUCGACACUAUUCCUUCAUGCCAUGUGUGCUGUCGACACUAUUCCUUCAUGCCAUGUGUGCUGUCGACACUAUUCCUUCAUGCCAUGUGUGCUGUCGACACUAUUCCUUCAUGCCAUGUGUGCUGUCGACACUAUUCCUUCAUGCCAUGUGUGCUGUCGACACUAUUCCUUCAUGCCAUGUGUGCUGUCGACACUAUUCCUUCAUGCCAUGUGUGCUGUCGACACUAUUCCUUCAUGCCAUGUGUGCUGUCGACACUAUUCCUUCAUGCCAUGUGUGCUGUCGACACUAUUCCUUCAUGCCAUGUGUGCUGUCGACACUAUUCCUUCAUGCCAUGUGUGCUGUCGACACUAUUCCUUCAUGCCAUGUGUGCUGUCGACACUAUUCCUUCAUGCCAUGUGUGCUGUCGACACUAUUCCUUCAUGCCAUGUGUGCUGUCGACACUAUUCCUUCAUGCCAUGUGUGCUGUCGACACUAUUCCUUCAUGCCAUGUGUGCUGUCGACACUAUUCCUUCAUGCCAUGUGUGCUGUCGACACUAUUCCUUCAUGCCAUGUGUGCUGUCGACACUAUUCCUUCAUGCCAUGUGUGCUGUCGACACUAUUCCUUCAUGCCAUGUGUGCUGUCGACACUAUUCCUUCAUGCCAUGUGUGCUGUCGACACUAUUCCUUCAUGCCAUGUGUGCUGUCGACACUAUUCCUUCAUGCCAUGUGUGCUGUCGACACUAUUCCUUCAUGCCAUGUGUGCUGUCGACACUAUUCCUUCAUGCCAUGUGUGCUGUCGACACUAUUCCUUCAUGCCAUGUGUGCUGUCGACACUAUUCCUUCAUGCCAUGUGUGCUGUCGACACUAUUCCUUCAUGCCAUGUGUGCUGUCGACACUAUUCCUUCAUGCCAUGUGUGCUGUCGACACUAUUCCUUCAUGCCAUGUGUGCUGUCGACACUAUUCCUUCAUGCCAUGUGUGCUGUCGACACUAUUCCUUCAUGCCAUGUGUGCUGUCGACACUAUUCCUUCAUGCCAUGUGUGCUGUCGACACUAUUCCUUCAUGCCAUGUGUGCUGUCGACACUAUUCCUUCAUGCCAUGUGUGCUGUCGACACUAUUCCUUCAUGCCAUGUGUGCUGUCGACACUAUUCCUUCAUGCCAUGUGUGCUGUCGACACUAUUCCUUCAUGCCAUGUGUGCUGUCGACACUAUUCCUUCAUGCCAUGUGUGCUGUCGACACUAUUCCUUCAUGCCAUGUGUGCUGUCGACACUAUUCCUUCAUGCCAUGUGUGCUGUCGACACUAUUCCUUCAUGCCAUGUGUGCUGUCGACACUAUUCCUUCAUGCCAUGUGUGCUGUCGACACUAUUCCUUCAUGCCAUGUGUGCUGUCGACACUAUUCCUUCAUGCCAUGUGUGCUGUCGACACUAUUCCUUCAUGCCAUGUGUGCUGUCGACACUAUUCCUUCAUGCCAUGUGUGCUGUCGACACUAUUCCUUCAUGCCAUGUGUGCUGUCGACACUAUUCCUUCAUGCCAUGUGUGCUGUCGACACUAUUCCUUCAUGCCAUGUGUGCUGUCGACACUAUUCCUUCAUGCCAUGUGUGCUGUCGACACUAUUCCUUCAUGCCAUGUGUGCUGUCGACACUAUUCCUUCAUGCCAUGUGUGCUGUCGACACUAUUCCUUCAUGCCAUGUGUGCUGUCGACACUAUUCCUUCAUGCCAUGUGUGCUGUCGACACUAUUCCUUCAUGCCAUGUGUGCUGUCGACACUAUUCCUUCAUGCCAUGUGUGCUGUCGACACUAUUCCUUCAUGCCAUGUGUGCUGUCGACACUAUUCCUUCAUGCCAUGUGUGCUGUCGACACUAUUCCUUCAUGCCAUGUGUGCUGUCGACACUAUUCCUUCAUGCCAUGUGUGCUGUCGACACUAUUCCUUCAUGCCAUGUGUGCUGUCGACACUAUUCCUUCAUGCCAUGUGUGCUGUCGACACUAUUCCUUCAUGCCAUGUGUGCUGUCGACACUAUUCCUUCAUGCCAUGUGUGCUGUCGACACUAUUCCUUCAUGCCAUGUGUGCUGUCGACACUAUUCCUUCAUGCCAUGUGUGCUGUCGACACUAUUCCUUCAUGCCAUGUGUGCUGUCGACACUAUUCCUUCAUGCCAUGUGUGCUGUCGACACUAUUCCUUCAUGCCAUGUGUGCUGUCGACACUAUUCCUUCAUGCCAUGUGUGCUGUCGACACUAUUCCUUCAUGCCAUGUGUGCUGUCGACACUAUUCCUUCAUGCCAUGUGUGCUGUCGACACUAUUCCUUCAUGCCAUGUGUGCUGUCGACACUAUUCCUUCAUGCCAUGUGUGCUGUCGACACUAUUCCUUCAUGCCAUGUGUGCUGUCGACACUAUUCCUUCAUGCCAUGUGUGCUGUCGACACUAUUCCUUCAUGCCAUGUGUGCUGUCGACACUAUUCCUUCAUGCCAUGUGUGCUGUCGACACUAUUCCUUCAUGCCAUGUGUGCUGUCGACACUAUUCCUUCAUGCCAUGUGUGCUGUCGACACUAUUCCUUCAUGCCAUGUGUGCUGUCGACACUAUUCCUUCAUGCCAUGUGUGCUGUCGACACUAUUCCUUCAUGCCAUGUGUGCUGUCGACACUAUUCCUUCAUGCCAUGUGUGCUGUCGACACUAUUCCUUCAUGCCAUGUGUGCUGUCGACACUAUUCCUUCAUGCCAUGUGUGCUGUCGACACUAUUCCUUCAUGCCAUGUGUGCUGUCGACACUAUUCCUUCAUGCCAUGUGUGCUGUCGACACUAUUCCUUCAUGCCAUGUGUGCUGUCGACACUAUUCCUUCAUGCCAUGUGUGCUGUCGACACUAUUCCUUCAUGCCAUGUGUGCUGUCGACACUAUUCCUUCAUGCCAUGUGUGCUGUCGACACUAUUCCUUCAUGCCAUGUGUGCUGUCGACACUAUUCCUUCAUGCCAUGUGUGCUGUCGACACUAUUCCUUUAUGCCAUGUGUGCUGUCGACACUAUUCCUUCAUGCCAUGUGUGCUGUCGACACUAUUCCUUCAUGCCAUGUGUGCUGUCGACACUAUUCCUUCAUGCCAUGUGUGCUGUCGACACUAUUCCUUCAUGCCAUGUGUGCUGUCGACACUAUUCCUUCAUGCCAUGUGUGCUGUCGACACUAUUCCUUCAUGCCAUGUGUGCUGUCGACACUAUUCCUUCAUGCCAUGUGUGCUGUCGACACUAUUCCUUCAUGCCAUGUGUGCUGUCGACACUAUUCCUUCAUGCCAUGUGUGCUGUCGACACUAUUCCUUCAUGCCAUGUGUGCUGUCGACACUAUUCCUUCAUGCCAUGUGUGCUGUCGACACUAUUCCUUCAUGCCAUGUGUGCUGUCGACACUAUUCCUUCAUGCCAUGUGUGCUGUCGACACUAUUCCUUCAUGCCAUGUGUGCUGUCGACACUAUUCCUUCAUGCCAUGUGUGCUGUCGACACUAUUCCUUCAUGCCAUGUGUGCUGUCGACACUAUUCCUUCAUGCCAUGUGUGCUGUCGACACUAUUCCUUCAUGCCAUGUGUGCUGUCGACACUAUUCCUUCAUGCCAUGUGUGCUGUCGACACUAUUCCUUCAUGCCAUGUGUGCUGUCGACACUAUUCCGUCAUGCCAUGUGUGCUGUCGACACUAUUCCGUCAUGCCAUGUGUGCUGUCGACACUAUUCCUUCAUGCCAUGUGUGCUGUCGACACUAUUCCUUCAUGCCAUGUGUGCUGUCGACACUAUUCCUUCAUGCCAUGUGUGCUGUCGACACUAUUCCUUCAUGCCAUGUGUGCUGUCGACACUAUUCCUUCAUGCCAUGUGUGCUGUCGACACUAUUCUUUCAUGCCAUGUGUGCUGUCGACACUAUUCCUUCAUGCCAUGUGUGCUGUCGACACUAUUCCUUCAUGCCAUGUGUGCUGUCGACACUAUUCCUUCAUUCCAUGUGUGCUGUCGAUGGCAUGGGAUAA